GACACUCUGGACAAUUUUGUUUACCUCCAACAUGAAAACAGCCUAACCAGUUCUGCAAUUUCAUUGUUUUCUAUUUUCUAUUUUAAUUUGUGUUAUCCAAUUUGGUUAUUAGUCUUGUCUCAUCGCUGCAACUCCCUUACGGACUCGAGAGGGGAAGGUCGAGAGCCGUGCGUCCUCAAACACAGCCAAGCCGCACUGCUUCUUGACACAAUGUCCGCUUAAUAAGGAAGCCAGCUGGACCUGUGUGUCAGAGGAAACACCGUACACCUGGCGACUGUGUCAGUGUCACCCGGCCUGCCACAGCAGUUGCUAGUGCGCGAUGGGACAAGAACAUUUCUGCCGGCCAAACCAUCCCCUAACUCGGACGACGCUGGGCCAAUUGUGUGUCGCCCCAUGGGUCUCCUGGCUGCGACAGAGCCUGGACUCGAACCAGGAUCUCUAGUGGCACAGCUAGUACUGCGAUGCAUUGCCUUAGACCACUUCACCACUCUGAACAGAGUAUCUGUCAGGCGCGGGCCGCUGUCAUGGUGUAUGACGAUGCCAAUAAGAAAUGGGUUCCAGCCGGCGGCUCCACGGGCUUCAGCAGAGUGCACAUAUACCACCAUACAGGCAACAACGCCUUCCGGGUGGUGGGACGCAAAAUACAGGACCAUCAGGUGGUAAUAAACUGUGCCAUUCCCAAGGGGCUCAAGUACAACCAGGCCACACAGACCUUCCACCAGUGGCGCGAUGCCAGGCAGGUCUACGGACUCAACUUUGGCAGCAAAGAGGAUGCCAACGUAUUCGCCAGUGCCAUGAUGCAUGCCCUGGAGGUGCUCAACUCUCAGGACACAGGUCCGACGUUGCCAAGACAGAGCCCCCAGAUUCAGAAUGGACCUUCGCCAGAGGACCUUGAGAUGCAGAGAAAGCAGCUGCAGGAGCUUCAGAGGCAGAAGGAGAUGGAGCGCGAGCGGCUGGAGCACGAGCGCCAGGAGAGGGAACGGCUGGAGCGUGAAAUGCUGGAGAGGGAGCGUGAACGGGAACGUCAAGACCGUGAGCGUCAGGAGCGAGAGAGAGAGCGCGCCGAGAGGGAGAGGGAGCGCGCCGAGAGGCAGCAUGUGGAGCGCGUCGAACGAGAUCGCCUGGAGCGUGAGCGUCAGGAGCAGUUGGAGAGAGAGCAGUUGGAGAGAGAGCAGUUGGAGAGAGAGCGGGCGGAGAGAGAGCGGGCGGAGAGAGAGCAGUUGGAGAGAGAGCAGUUGGAGAGAGAGCGGGCGGAGAGAGAGUGGGAGCUGAUGGAGAGCGAGAAGCAGGAGAGGGAGAGGAUGGAGCGAGAGACUCACCAGGAGCAGCAGUUGGACAGAGAGCAGAUGGACUGGGAGAGAGGGAGACGCAUCUCCAACGCCGCGUUUGAAAGUACCCUCUACACCCCUCCGCCUCCAGAGUACUCCUCCAAGACCUCCUCCACGUCUGUGUCUCCCACCACCCCCAACUACCCUCCGCCCACCCUGUCACCCUCCUCUGCAACACCCCCCACCCCGCCUCUACGUCACUCUGCCUCCCGAUUUGCCACCUCACUAGGCUCCGCCUUCCACCCAGUCUUGCCCCACUACGCCACAGUCCCCAGGCGACAGCCCGUCCCUCCCACGCCCCCCACCCCGGCCCCAGCAACCCCCUCCAAGUCUUUGGUGUGGUCAGCAACAAACUUCAGCCCUCUGCCCCCCUCGCCCCCAGUCAUGAUCAGUAGCCCCCCGGGCAAAGCAACAGGCCCUCGCCCUGUCAUUGCCAUCCCAGUCCCCAGCCCCUUGUCACAGAAACCCCCCUCCCCCAAUGGGCCUCCUAUGUUCCCUGCCCCUUCACCGGUCACCAUUGGCAACAGCAGCAACCCCACCCCGCCGCCCCCUCCCACCCCGCCGCCUCCUCCACCGCUGCCCCCUCUCUCCCUGUCCCUGUCCUGCCAGCAGUCGCCUGUUGUCUCCCCCAUCGCUCCCCUUGUGUCCUCUCCCUCAUCCCAGCCUGCUGUUGUCCCUUCUCCUUCCACAGCUCCCCCUGCCUCUGCUGACCUCUCUGUAAACCUCUCUGAGCUGGGAGACUCCUGCUCCUCGGCUCCAGAGGCCUUUCAGCCUGCAGACCCUCUGGCCCAGCAGGACACAGUGUUGACGCCGGUGCUGCCCACCCCCCCUCCCCCUCCCCCCCUCCCUCCCGGCUCCACUGUGACCCCCACAGCCUCUGCCCAACCAGGCCCUCCUCCCCCUCCCCCCUUACCCCCCACACUCACCCCUACCAGCGGUGGCCCCCCUCCCCCACCCGGACCCCCACCUUCCCUCGGUGGCCAGGCCCACCCUCCCCCUCCACCAGCCCCUCCCCUGCCGCCCGGCCUCUUCUCCCCCUCGGAGGACCGCCCCCUGUCCGGGCUGGCCGCUGCCCUCGCUGGAGCCAAGCUGCGUAAAGUGCCAAGGAGUGAUAGUGGUGGUGAUGCGGCAGCUGCUCUGGCUGCAGCCAUGGCUGGGGGCUUGCCUGGCACUACAGGGGCCAAACCUGGAGGGAACGGCCCUCUGGGAGGGGCACCUGGAGGAGGGGGGUUGAUGGAGGAAAUGAGCGCCCUCCUGGCCAGGAGGAGAAGAAUUGCAGAGAAGGGAUCAUCGCCUGAGCCGGAGCAGAGAGCUGACGACGGCGGUAGCGAGGGCACCACGACUCCUAAAGUGUCUGCCUGUAGCACACCAGACAUGCCCAGGAAACCAUGGGAGAGGACUAACACUAUGAAUGGUAGCAAAUCCCCAGUCAUUGGAAGACCAAAACCCACACCGACUGGAUCCCUAAGUGCCAACGGGGUGCCAACAGAAGGUCUCGACUACGACAGAUUGAAACAGGACAUUCUGGACGAGAUGAGGAAGGAGUUAUCAAAACUGAAAGAGGAACUCAUUGAUGCCAUCAGAGAGGAGCUGGGCAAGUCGAACACUGUGUAGAAGGAUCUCACCUCCCUGUAAAUUACACCUAUUACCGGACAACUGAGACAGGUCAACUUCAGAUAGGACAAUAUUAUAAAGAAACAAACAAGGAAAAAAGUUUAAAAAGGUGGCGAUGAUGAUGACAAUAACCGAAUUAAUACAGCAGACAGAGUUUGUGGGCGGAGCAUCGUAAGGCACACAACAGGGGACGAGGGAGUGCGGGAGGCGUGUAGCAUGGAAGCACUGCUGGCGUCCAUCUUGUGAAGCCUGGCCGUUGCUGCCAUUUUCCCGCAGCCUCACCUGGAGGACAGGACACAGUCAUGAAGAGAAUUGACUGUCAUUAUGCAAAGAUUUCUCUCUUUGUCGGUAACACAAGAAAACAAGGAAAAUCAACAAAUAGAAAACUAACUAUAUUGAACUGUAUACUGUAUUAACCAUUGAAGUGUGAGAAGUCAGACAGCGGUCACACUAAGAUUUGGAACGGUUGGUGCGCACUUGUGAUUUCAAAGCAAAAAGGCACGUUUAGUGGGCGAGUUAAGUUUGGAGGCAGGAGGGGAGGGAAAGGGAAGUAGGACUCAGUUUCCCAUAGGGCCAUAGGAGGGAGCCUCUUGUUGUGAAUGAGGGACUGGUGGACUUGGUAUUGUCUACUGCUGCAGGACUCUGUAAUGCUUGUCUUCCUCAAAUACUAUUUUAACCUGAAUAUGUACAAAAGAAGAAAAAAUGAUAUCUACAAGUCUAUCAAUUGUCUGUUUUAAUGUAAACCAUGGCCAUAUCAAGUAGCUUAAUCAAAUAGUUUCAAGAUGGUCUGUCUUUUGGUCUGUUUGGCUUAAUAUCCGAAUAUCAUCAUCUUCUUUUUUCUAUAGAAAUGAUCGCUGUAACAAGCUACUGUACUGCAUUUCUUCUCACUGUUUCUGUGUGUUGCAGGCUGAUGAGACGGUCACAAAGGGUACAUGCCUUUCUACAGUCAAUCUUUGUAGCUCUUUACCAAACAACCUCUGUCAAUUAGUGACGGUUAAUACUGCUAAAAUCACCAUGACCAGAUCUGGAGAUGGAGCUAUUUGAAAUCUCUGUACUGUUAUUAUGAACUGAACCUUUUUUCCUCUCCCUCUCAUUUUCUGUCAAAUGUUUGGUGCAUGUACGAUGAGACUGCCAAGAAGUUGCAUUAUUGUCCGUCAGUUUAUAAGCAAUAAGUGUAGCAUCUGAGUUAAAUUUCCCCCACAUGUUUUCUUUAAAAUGUUCCUGUUCUUUUAACUCCACUCCAGCGCCCUGUUGAGGAUGUGACAGUGAUUCUGUACCUCCUUCUGUUCACUACUGUACAUCCACCAAAUAGAUUCUGAACUGUUCUGAAACAAAUGGGUAGAGAAUAGAUGAGAUGGACAGACCCCCUCUGUUUAUAGCCAUAAUGUACUUAAUUUACUGAGGUACGUCAUUCAUUUUUCAAUUCAUGGUACUCAUGGUAUUUUGCAUUUAAAAAAUGCAUAAGAUAGUAAUGAAAAAGACAUGAGGGACACCCCAUAAAUGAGUUUGUCGGCAUGACAUAUCCGCAUCCAUGCUUGUGCCAUUCAGUGUUUUACCUGUGCUUAAUUAUUUGUAGCAUUUUUGUUUGCCUUUAUUUCCUCUCCUAUAAUAUGAAGUUCUGAUAAUGGCAUACUUCUUUCGCCCUUUGAUUGACUUUGUUCAUAUGGGAAUGGCUACUUUUAAUUGAAAAUGUUUCCUUUUCAAAACAAUUUUUUUUUGAUUUCCUAAAAAUCUCGAUGUACAAUCAACUGAGAGAAGGUCAAACUGAGGUCAACCUGAGACUAGUGUAAAACAGCGCUGUCUUCACUCCCCUUGUGAGUGUUUUGCUCAAACACAAAUUAUUUCAUUCUCAUCUCUGAAUCAAAGCAUUGGAAGUUUGUACAGAAGAGUGUUUACAGCAUCGAUUGCACUUUAUAAACCCAUAGAAAUUCAUGAUGCUAUGAUGAACCUGCUUACAGAUGCAGCCAUCGCCAAGAGUGUGUCUAUCACACCAAAGGUUUCAGCUACAAUCUCCUCCUACACACGUCACGCUCUACUGAGUCGCCUUUUGUUUCAUCAUUGUCAAGAGAAAGGGAGAUAUCUAUAUAUCGAGUCCUUUGGAUUGGGGAGUGAAACAUUCUAAUUAAGGAUCAUUCAUAUCUUCAUGGAUAAUUCUGUUUGUGAUCUUCAUGGUUUGUGCCUUGUUCUGAAUUUACAUUUAAUAUGUCAAGAUUUAAAAAAGACUAGUAAUAAUUCUAGGAACUGUCAUAAUCUCACACAUGAUCAUUGUUUAGUUUUUUUGCAUCCUGGUAUAGUUAAUUUAAUGGGAGAAUGAAGUUAUGUUACAAAGUACAAUCGAACCCAAGAAGUGGUGUAUUUUCCUCAUGCCAUUUGUAUGUUACAGAGCAGUUUGUUACAUGGUUUAGGUUCUUGGCGCUUGGGAAAUCUCAAAAUGUAUAUAUCAUCUACAGCAGUGGAGGCUGCUGAGGGGAGGACGGCUCAUGUCUGAAACAGAGCGACUGGAAUGGCAUCAAACCAUGUGUUUGGUGUAUUUGAUACCAUUCCACCAAUUCCGCUCCAGUUAUUACCACAAGCCCAUCCUCCCCAAUUAAGGUGCCACCAACCUCCUGUGCUCUACAGUUACAUUUUUGUCCCCAAAAUCAGAUUUUUCCAUCUACUGAGGGAACCGAAGCUGGUGGACAUAUUAAGAAUGUUCAUGAGAAAUUCAACGGAAUGUCUCUGAAAUGAAGUUAUCAGCUUCCUUUAUUCUUUUAUCAUUCACAUUGUACCAUACCGUUCUCAUAUUAAUUAGAAUUUUCUUACAUGCUAACAUUGUUUGAGCAAAUGAAAUAAAAUAAAAAAUGCAAUACAUGAUUAAAAAGUAA